UGGGGGCAUAUCUUAUAGGUGAGAGAGAAAUUGUGAUUGGCAGGUGAAAAAAAUAGUUGAAGCAAGUUUAAACUUGCAGCAGAAGCAAGUUUAAACUUGAAGCAGGGUAAACAAAUGAGGAAACACGAAGCAAAGUCGAAAUUAGGGAUCCGGGAUUUUCGGGAUUUCAGAGUAUGGGUGAGUAGCCGAAAGUCGAAGUUCGGAGUUCGAACUUCGAAAUCCGGGAUUUUCGGGAUCGGGAAGUAUGGUCGAAUGAGUACUCAUUCGAGAGGGGAUAAUGAGAGGAUCUUAGUGGGAUAA